AUGGAAGAUAAGGAAAGCGACUACCGCACCGCUAAGAAGGCGUUGUGGCAAACCGUUCGAAGGCUCCGGCAAGGCAGGCAACAUACUCCCUGGGUCGAAACGGGAAGGUUCGGCUGGGACUUGUACAAUUCGGUGCAGCUGUCGGACUUGGAACUGCCCUUCACGAAUCCCUACAUCGACACCACCAUGCUCACCUACAAUCCAAGGACGAAGAAACUGCUGAGCUGGGACAACGGGUACCAGCUGAAGUACCCGGUGAAGCAAAGUUCCCUGGGGCUGGGGGUGGACGAGGACGAGAGGAAGGACGACCCGAUGAACGAGGUGUUCGAGAGCGCCGUGGGGAAUGUGUCGUUCGUUCCUUGAGGGCCCGGUUUUGUCUCAAUAAAAGGAUGUUGUG